AGUGGUUGCCAGGCAUCAGGGCAAUGGAGAGGGAGAGAGGUGGUUGGCACUUGAAGGACAAUGGGAGGAAAGGGUCUGUAUGUCGAGGGCACUGAGGUAUUACAGGUGGGGAAAAUGAGUAAAGGGUUACACAGGGAUCUCUGUUUUAUCUGUUAUAAGUGCAUGUGAAUCCUCCAUGAACUGGCGAGAAGUAGUUUAACUAUAAGAAAUAGAGUUGAGCCCUCCACUACUGGUACAGUUUGACUUGAGUAUUCUGCCAACAGACUGACCUAGCAGAUCAGUCCCCAGACCGGGCUCUACCCCUGGGAAUGGCACCCCUUUCCAGAGGAGCCAUUCCCCAAAUGCCCCAGGAUAGGAAUUGGCGCGGAAGGAGAACCAAGCCGGCGAUGGAGACAUUCGCUACUAGACACGGGAACGCCCAGAGCCAACGCUAAGCAGCAGCCUCCUCACUGGACUGCGGCCCCCACGAGCGAGCUGCUGCUGCCGCUAACAAAGAGAAGGCCUUGGGAAGGCUGCGCUGAGUGGAGACUAAGCGCAGUCCGCGGCGGCGCUAUUUGAAAGCCGGCACAGAUCCACCCAAAUAGAGUCCUCACCGACUGGGGCGCUCCCGCGGGAGUUCCGCGCCUCCCUUCCGCCAGGUGGAGUCAGGACUCGCACGGGAACCUCCGCGGUUCAUAGGUCACAUCCUGGCUGAAGUAAACUCCACUCAGGAAGGCUUCAGGGGCGCGACCCCAGCGUCUUUCCUCAGCCCACGCCCCGGCGCCAAGCAAAGACGACCCUUCGCCAGCCCUCUCCUCUCGCGGCGUCCUACAGGUCCCAGAAUCCUCUCCGGAGCUGCGCUGAGGGAAGGCGGGAGCUCAGUCGCGCACCAGGCCUCCGCCGCCAUGGCCCAGCUGCGAGCCUGCGAAGUCCGGCAGCUGCUGCACAACAAGUUCGUAGUGGUCGUGGGGGACUCGGUCCAGAGGGCCGUGUACAAGGACCUGGUGCUCCUGCUACAGAAGGACUGCCUGCUGUCCUCCAGUCAGCUGAAGGCCAAAGGCGAGCCGAGCUUUGAGCGUGACACGCUGCUGGUGGGCUGCAGGAGCCGCCACAUGCACGACAGCAGCGACUACCGUGAGGUGCGCCAAUUCCACUCCGGCCACCACCUGGUGCGGUUCUACUUCAUCGCGCGCGUGUUCUCGCACUACGCGGAGCGCGUCGUGGAGGAGCUGCGUCGGGCCGAGCCCGCCCCUGACGUAGUGGUCAUGAACUCCUGCCUUUUGGACCUCUCCAGGGAUGGCCGGGACUGCCUCAGGAGCUACCGGCAGAACCUGGAGAGCCUGUUCGCGCGGCUGGACCGGGCGCUGCCCGUGUCCUGCCUCCUGCUAUGGAACACGGCCAUGCCCGUGGCGGAGACCAUCUCAGGGAGCUUUCUCCCACGCGAGCACCGGCUCCGCCGCUCCCGCCUGCGGGAAGACGUGAUGGAGGCCAACUUCUACAGCUCCGCCGAGGCCGUGAGGCGUGGCUUCGACGUGCUGGACCUGCACUUCCACUUCCGCCACGCCACGCGCCACCGGCUCCCCGACGGCGUGCACUGGGACGAGCACGCACACCGCCACCUCUCCCAGCUGCUGCUGGCCCACCUGGCAGAUGCCUGGGGCGUGGACCUACCCCAGCGCGAAGCCGUGGACUGGUGGGUCAGGCAUGGCCACGCUGACAGACGUGCAGUCCUGGCGGGCAGAAGGCAGCCCCGAAACCACCGAGCGGACCCACACAGCCGAAGGGACCGAGCUGACCCACAUGGCCGAGCCGACUCACGUGGCCGAGGGGACCGGGCAGUCCGAGGAGACCUCCAUGACCCUCGACAGCUCUCUUCAUCGUUUCCCUGGGCUCGGCCGCCUUUCUCUCCCAGCCGGCAGGACAUCUAUUUGCCCUCCCACCGGCAUUUCUCCAGCGACUUCACCAGAGGCCACAUCAGACACCGCAGCGAAGAAAACUCCAGGGUUGGUCGUGACUCGCGGCCGGGCCCCAUCCGCACAAGGUCUGCCCAUCACCUAGAGAGGGGGUCUUCCCCUUACCGUCGCAGGCACCCCAGCGAGCCACACCGAAGCCAGCAAGGCCACGCACACACACACGGAGGGGUCCCAAGAACACCUAGGACCAGGCCUCAGUAGCCAGACCCGGGAGAACGUCUGGUCUUCCCCUGCAUGGUGGAUGGGCUGCCUGACCACUAUCACUCGGGCCUGGCCUUCAGCAACCCUGCUGAACUUGGAUCAUCUUUAUGCUUCCGACUCUCAUUAGUGAACCGCCUGCCACAACAAUCCUCUGCCAGAGUUUCCACUUCUUGGGAAGGGAGCAGAGACCCAGACCACCAGGCGGUUCUCGAAGCAUUUAGGAAGAAAAGAAGUCUACAUGAAAGUGCUCCUCGCCUUAAAAAAAAAAGUUAAGCCAUACUCAAUAUUUAAGUCUGUCAUCAGGCAGUAUUUUUCCAUUGACAUUCUUCCAAAAACGAAACAAGGUAAAAAUUUUGAUCCUUAGAACUUAAACAUUUCGAUUUCAAUUAAGAUUUCCAUUUCGCCAUUUGUUUAUGCGUAUGUUCAUAGAAGUUUAUAUCUAAAGCUUUCGCCAUAAGUUGUCUUACAGAUUCUUUAAUUACAUUUCUCUGUGCUUCAACAUAGCAUUUGUCUGUUAAAAAUAAUCCAUUCACUAAUUCAAGGUUGUUUAUUGUCUGUUAGAAACAUAAUCUUUAAAGUUCAUCAAAUGCCUAGCACAUUUUUAAAAACAGACUUUUUACUUUUUUUUUUUUUUUUUUUAUUGAGACAGAGUCUCACUCUAAUGCCUAGGCUGGAGUGCACUGGCUCAAGUGAUCCUCCUGUCUCAGCCUCUCAACUAACCGGGACCACAGGUAUGCACCACCAUGCCUGGCUAAUUUUUUAAAAUUUUUGUGGAGAUGAGGUCUUGCCACAUUGUCCAGGCUGUUCUCAAAGUCCUGGACUCAAGCAGUCCUCCUGCUUAGACCUCCCAAAGUGUUGGGAUUACAGAUGUGAGCCAGGGCACCUGACCUAGAAUUUAAUUUUUAGAGCAAUUUUAGGUUCACAGCAAAUUUGAGUGCAUAUACUCUUUUGAUUUCACACAGGCACAGCCUCCCCCACUAUCAACAUUCCACAUCAAAUGGUACAUUUGUUAUCUCUGAUGAACCUGCAUUAACACAUCAUUAUCACCCCAGCACAAUAGUUCAUUAGAGUUUAUUAUUGAUGUUCUCCAUUCUAUGGGUUUUGACAAAUAUAUAAUGGCACGUAUCAUCCAUCAUUAUAGUAUCAUAAGAAUAGUUUCACCAUCCUGAAAAUCCUCUCUGCUCUGUCUUUGCAUCCUUCCUGCUCCCCAACCCCUGGAAACCAUGGAUCUGUAACUGUCUCCAUAGUUUUGUUUUUUUUUCCAAGAUACUAUAUAGUUAGACUUAAAAUAUGUAGCAUUUUCAAAUUGGGUUCUUUUGCUUAGGAAUUUAAGUUCCCAGCUUGUCUUUUCAUGGCUUAAGAACUCAUUUAUUUUGAUUUUUUUUUUUUCCUGAGACUGAGUCUCACUCUGUCACCUAGGCUGGAGUACAGUGGCACAAUCUCAGCUCACUGCAAUCUCCACCUCCCAGGUUCAAGCAAUUCUCCUGCCUUAGCCUCCUGAGUAGCUGGGAUUACAGGCGCACACCACCAUGCCCAGCUAAUUUUUGUAUUUUUAGUAGUGAUGGGGUUUCACCAUAUUGGCCAGGCUGGUCUCAAAUUCCUGACCUAGUGAUCCACCCACCUCAGCCUCCCAAAGUGCUGGGAUUACAGGCAUGAGCCACCACGCCUGGCCUUUAAUUUUAUUUUCAAUUUAUUUUUAAUUUUUAUGAGUUUAUACUUAUGGAGUACAUGAGAUUUUUUUUAUACAGGCAUGCAAUGUGAAAUAAUCACAUCAUUGAGACUGGGGUAUCCAUCCCUUCAAGCAUUUAUGCUUUGUGUUACAAACCAAUUACAUUCUUGGUUAUUGUAAAGUGUACAAUUAAGUUAUUAUUGACUAUAGUCACACUGCUAUGCUAUCAAAUAGUAGGUAUUAUUCUAUUUUUUCUAUCCAACAACUCAUUUAUUUUUAGUGCCAAAUAAUAUUCCAUGGUCUGGAUGUACCACUGUUUAUCCAUUCACCUGCUGAAGGACAUUAUGGUUGUUUCCAAGUUUUGGCAAUUAUGAAUAAAACUGUAAUAAACCUCUGUGUGCAGGUUUCUUGUAAAUAAAAUAUAAUUUGAAUGAUUAUUAAGGAAUGUAACUGUGGAUCAUGUGGUAAGAGUACAUUUAGGUUUGUAAGAAACUACCAAACUGUCUUUCAAAGUGGCUAUACCAUAUUGCAUUCCCAUCCACAUCCUUGGAAUCAUUCGCUGUUAUCAGUGUUUUGGAGUUUCUCUGAAAAGUAUAUGGUCUGUGUCCAGAUUUAUGUUUUUAUUUAUUUUUGCAUGCAGAUAUCCAGUUGCUUCAACACUAUUUGUUGAAAAGACUGUCUUUUCUCCAUUGUCUUGCCUUUCCUCCUUUGUCAAAGUUCAGGUGACAAAGAUAUUUGUGGGUGUCUAUUUCUAGGUUCACUGUUCUGUUCUAUUGACCUGUCUAUUAUUUUGCCAAUACUAAACUAUCUUGAUUACUGUAACUUUAUAGUAAGUCUUGAAGUCAAGUAGGGUCAUUACUCUGACUUAGUUUUCCUUCAAUAUUGUGUUGGCUACUGCGGAUCUUUUGCCUCCUCAUAUAAAAUUUUAGAAGCAGUCUGUCAAGGUCCACAAAUAGUUUGCUGCAAUUUCCCUUGAGAUUACAUUUACUCUACAGAUGAAGUUAGGAAGAACUAACAUAUUGACAAUAUUGUCUUUGAGAUAUCUCUUGAGAUUUCUUCUUUGAUCCAACUGUUAUUUACAAGUGUGUUGUUUAAUCUUCCAGUAUUUGGUGAUCUUCAAGCUACCUUUCUGUUACUGGUAUCUACUUUAAUUUCAUUUGAUCUGAGAGCAGAUAUUGUAUGAUUUCUAUUUUUAAAUUUGUUGAGGUGUGUUUUAUGGCCAAGAAUGUUGUCUGUCUUGGUGAAUGUUCCAUGUGAGCUUGAUAAGAAGGUGUCGCCUGCUGUUGUUGGAUGGAAUAUUUUAUCGAUGUCAUUUAUAUCCAGUUGAUUGAUAGUGCUGUUGAGUUCGACUAUGUCUUUACUGCCUGCUGAAUCUGUCCAUUACUGAUAGGUGUUAAAGUUUCCAACUAUAAUAGUGUAUUCAUCUAUUUCUUUUUGGAGUUAUAAGUUUUGCCUCGUGUAUUUUAAUACUCUGUUGUUCAGUGCAUACACAUUAAGGAUUGUUAUGUCUUCUUGGAGAAUUGACUCCUUUUAUCAUUAUGUAACGUCCCUUCUUAUCUGUGAUAGCAUUCCUUGCUUUGAAGUCUGUUCUAUCUGAAAUUAAUGUAGCUACUGAGUUUUCUUUUGAUUAGAGUUAUUAUAUCUUUCUCCAUCCCUUUAUGUUUAAUCUUGAUGUGUCUUUAUACUUAAAGUGCAUUUCUUGUAGACAAUAUAUAGUUGGGUCUUUUGAUCCAUGCUGACAAUCUCUUUUAGUUGGUGUUAACAACAAUUAAUGUUUAAUUAUUGAUAAUGUUGGAUUAAUAUCUUCUUUAUUUGUUACUGUGUUCUAGUCAUUGUUUUUGGUUUUUCACUCUUUUUUGCCUUUUGUAGUUUAACUGAGAAUUUUGUGUGAUUCCAUUUUUUUCUCCUUGACAUACCAACUACAGUCUACUUAUUUACAGUUUUAGUGGUUUCUCUGGCAUUUUCAAUAUGUAUUUGCAUCUAAUCCAAAUCUACUUUUGAAUAACACUGUACUGCCUCAUGGGUAGUGCAAAGUUAGCCAUAAGUUAGAAUCACUAAAUACAUUAUUGCCAUUAUUAUUUUUAGCAAACUGUUGUAUAUUCAACUAAGUAAGAACAGAAAAAUAAGUUUUUGUUUUACCUUCACUUAUUCCUUCACUGAUGCUCUUUUUUAUGUAAAGCAAAAUUUCUGACCUAUAUUAUCCCUCUCUGAAAAACUUCUUUUAACAUUUUUUGCAAGGCAGGUUUACUGGCAACAGCUUCCCUCUGGUUUUGUUUGUCUGGGAAAGUCUUCACAGGUUUAUCUCAGAGAUAUUGUGGGUUUGGUUCCAGAACACCACAGUAAAGCAAAUGUCUCAAAGCAAGCCAUGAAUUUUUUGGUUUCUUAGUGCAUACAAAAGUUAUGUUUACACUCUACUGUAGUCCAUUAAGUGUGCAAUAGGAGCAAGUCUAAAGAACCCAAUGGACAUAAUUUAAAAAUUUUUAUUGCCAAAACUUGCCAACAAUCAUUUGAGCUUUUAGUAAGUUAUAGUCUUUUCAUUGGUGGAAGGUCUUGCCUCCAUAUUGAUGGUUACUGACUGAUAGGGUAGUAAUUGCUGAAGGUUGGGGUGGCUGUGGAAGUUUCUUAAACUAUAACAUUGAAGUUUGCUGUAUCAAUUGACUCUUUGUUUCACAAAAUAUUUAUCUGUAGCAUGCAAUUCUGUUUGAUAGCAUUUUACCCACAGAACUUCCAAACUUGAAUCAAUCUUCUCAAACCCUGCUACUGCUUUAUAAACUAAGUUUAUAAUAUUUUAGAUCUUUAUUGUCAUUUCAACAACAUUCAGAGCAUCUUCACCAGGAGAAGUUUCCAUCUCAGGAAACUAUUUUUUGUGCUCAUUUGUAAGAACAACUUCUCAUUUGUUUAAGUUUUAUGAAAUUGUAGCAAUGCAGUCACAUCUUUGGGCUCCACUUCUAAUUCUAGUUCCCUUGCUGUUUCCGCCACAUCUGUAGUUAUUUCCUUCACUAAAGUUUUAAGCCCCUCAAAGUCAUCCGUGAGGGUUUGACUCAGCUUCUCCCAGACCCCUGUUAAUAUUGACAUUUUGACAUGUUCCCAUGAAUAAAGAAUGUUCUUAACAGCAUCUAAAGUGGUGAAUUUUUUCCAGAAUAUUUUCAGUUUAUUUUGUCCAGAUUAAUCAGAGGAAUU